AUGGCAGUAAUUGGCUUUCAGUCAUGGCCUGAGUUUUUUGUCUAUCUCACCUUCCUGUUCUUCGGGGUAUCGAUCAUGCUGGUUUCCAACGCAAUCACGGCAGCCCCAUCGUUCAUCACAGGGUACUACAAGUACGCUCAGGGCGACAAGAACGCCAAGCCCGCGGAUCCGGUCUUUUGGAAUAACGUGCUGACAUACUUCAACGUGGCUGUGUUUGGCACGCAGACUGUGUGCGAGGCCUUCAUGCUGACACCACUGGGCCGAAGCAUCCCUCUACGUCCUCGCCUUAUUGUUGGUCUUCUCAUCCCGUUUGGAGAAAUGCUCGCGCUGAUCUUUAUUCCGCUUGCCCGAACGUCGGAGAUUGGUGCUAAGAUCACAGUCAUGAUCAUUGCUGUUGUCAGUGGGCUCUCGAUGACGCUCUGCGACUCCACCACGGGUGCUCUUGCGGGUCCGUUCCCGACAAAGUUCUACGGCUCGGUCAUCUGGGGCCUCGGUGUUUCUGGCAUCAUCUCAUCAGCCAUGUCCAUAAUCAUAAAGGCAUCCAUGUCGAAAGACUUUGAAAGUGUGCAGACGCAGUCCCGCAUCUACUUUGGCUUGGCGAUGGGCAUUCAGCUCAUCUCAUGUACCCUGCUGGUGGUGAUGCCACGGAACCCCUUUGCGCGCAAGUACACGGCGGAGUUCAGGUACAUGCGUGCACACAGCAACGAGCGUGCCCCCACGAACGGCGAUUUAGCCCCCAUGGGUAGCGUGGACACGAAGGAGGACUCUGCGCUGCAGGUUGAGUAUGACAUUCCAUCCUCCGACGCGCAGUGCAAGAAGAAUGUGAUGGAUGCUGAGGGUGAUGCGGACAAUAUGGAGGACAUUGACCAAGUGGCAAACAUCACCUCGACACAGCAAAUGCUGAAUGCGCAGAUAGCAACCGUUUUCAAGUGUAUCUGGCCGAUGCUGCUCUCGUGCUUUGUUGUUUUUGGUGCGACCCUCCUCAUCUUUCCCGGUGUGUUUUUUGCUGCAAGCACUUCGAAAGAUUGGUACCCGACGAUCAUUGUUGCCAUGUUCAAUCUUGGUGACUUUUUGUCGCGUUUCCUGUUGUUUUUCAAACGUCUGCGGCCCUCACCGCGAUUUGUGCUGGCUGGGUCGUUCUUGCGCACGCUCAUCGUUCCGUUUCUGGUGCUGUGUGUGCGCGGGAUCAUCCCUGGUGACGUCCCCCCGUACAUUAUGUGCCUGUUGUGGGGUCUGACCAACGGCUACUUUGGUGGGAUGGCGAUGAUCCACUGCACCCGCACGCCGUCGCUGACGAUGGCCGGUCAGCGCUCCAUUGCUGGCAUCAUGGCAAGCCUGUCACUCCUGCUGGGCCUGUUUUUGGGUUCCUCCCUGGCCAUGGCGGUGAUGAAAGGACUGCCGCGAUAG